AUGACGACUGACGACUUCAAGAACGACAGCGACAGCGACAGCACACAGACGCCGAACCAACGCUUCGCUGCCGUUCGACGCGAUCAAACUGCGCCCGAGAACUCGUCCGAGUCCAAGCACCAGGAAGCCCAACUGCGAGCCUUCAUCAACGACUUCUCCCGAGAUGUCGCCGCCAAGAAGAAAAACAGCAAGUCUGCCAGGGCGUUGGACAAGCUGGGACCCUUCGUGUUAUCCUUGACCGAGCUUGCCAAGUUCUGCGAGACCGUCUUCGGGGCAUGUCCCAUGGCGGUGGCCGCCAUUUUCUCUGGUGCUCGCAUGGUCUUGAUGCUGGCGCUCAACGCCCAGGAGUGCUUGAAUACAGUCAUUGAAGCGCUCGAUGAGAUCGAUACAUACCUUCAUUGCUACGACAACUUCUACGAUGCCUAUCGAGAUGACCCAGUCAUGCAGGCGAGACUGGUGGCAUCAUACAGGAACAUUCUCCAGUUCUGGUGGGAAUCCAUUAAGAUCCUCUCCAAUUCCAGCAUAGCCAAGGGACUUAUCAGCCCACUCGACAAGGACAUCAAGGAUUGUCUACGCACCAUUAAGGAGGACCGUACAAGCGUCCAGUACAUGCUGCGAGACCAGAUCAUCCCAUGGGUUGCCGGCCCCGAAGGCCCCUCCAAGCUCGACCCUCGCCACAGGAAAAAGUCAGAUCCUGUCCUGUGGUACAACGCACCUCCUGGCUGCGGAAAAACAAUCUUGGCCUCCCAGAUUGUCAGCCGCUUAAAGCAGGAGAACCACAAGGUGGUCUGGUAUUUCUGCUCCUUCGAUGACCCCACCCGCAAAGACCCUCGAAACGCACUUCGUUCCAUUGCCAUACAGCUACUCUGCAGGUACAUGUCCAAGAGGAUACCGGACAAAGUUGUUGACAUGUUCCGCGAGGACCAAGCCAAUUCCAAUAAUUUCAUCAACCACGAAAGACCACUCAUGGAUGUCGUCCAUGAGCUUCUCAAGGCUACGAGUCUUGCUUACAUUGUGGUGGACGGUCUUGACGAAAUAAUAGGGUUAGACCAGGAAAGGCCGUAUCCUUUCCAUGGCAUGUUUGAGCAGCUGAUUUCGCAGGCUUCGGAGCGGCAUGGAACCACCAAGUGGUGUUUCACCAGUCGUAAUGAAGGCCCAAUAGGAGAAACCAUGUCAAGGGUCAAAGCAUUUCAGAUUGUUCCUUCAUCAGCAAGCUUGGCUGCAGAUAUCAAAGCCUACCUUGAAGACAUGCUUAGUGAGAAGGAACUUUCGCCGGAUCAGAUUGAAGACUUGGUGGAAGCGUCGGAGGGCAACUUCCUCUAUGCAAAACUGCGAGCAGAUACCCUGCUUGGACAAGGCAUCACUUGCGAGGAAGAGGCUGAAGAGGAACUGAGAACUUAUCCCAAGGGAUUGAGCGGCUGUUACUUGCGCAGUCUCGAGAAACUCAAUUAUCGGACUACUUACGAGCAAGAGCUGGCAAGUCCGGAUGGCCUGCCAGAGUCUUUCGAAACCGACCCUGAGCAUGCAUUCCUUCGAUAUGCCUCUGUCUUUUGGUUUCAACAUUUGGAUAUGAGAGGCGUGGCUUGCGAGGAAAUGCGUCAAGAGAUCCGAAAAUUUAUCCAAAGCUGCGGCUUUUGGACUGCCUUUCGGGUACAAACCAAAGUAGCACGCUAUCUGUUUGCCCAAUACGUACAGCGUGGCAGCUGUGAGCUGAUGGGUCGGAAUGGAGUACAUCAGACUUCAUCGCUUCAACAAUACCGCUUUGGUGGGAUAAGCCUGGUAAUGGGUGGGUGUCAACGCACGAUUUGGAGAUUCUUCACCAUCUUCAACGCUUCAUCAUGGAGUGGCACGAGGCACUCUCGUCUGGCAUGGAUGCUCUGUUGCUGUGCCCCAUGGACCUUGCAGCAAAGUUCUUGGACAAGACAAUCAGGCGAGUCGCCCUUGGUCCACGUGCGCUGGGACCAAGCAGCGAUCUCUUUCGGUUCGCUGUCAGCUGUCGAUUCUCCCGGGAUGUACUCAAUCUGCAAGCGUAAUCUGGAUGUUGCGGUUAUAAAUUCUGACGGAGAACAGUCAUAUGCGCUGCCUAAGAGACUGAGUUGGCAGCUCGUCAAUGAAGUACGGGUUGCUUCCAACCAUACAGGGAAGGUCAACGUGGCAUUGCAAAGGCCUUCGCAAUCCAUGGGGAGACUCCGAGGGCUCGCGGAAGGUACAGGACAGAAAGAUGGAGGAGGCCCAGGAGAUGAUGAUCGUUCCGAGUAUGACGAGGAAGAAGAGGAAGAUGAAGAGUAUGAUGAAAAGGAAUUUGACGAGGAUGAAGAAGAGAGUGAGAGCGAAACAGGCAGUGAGACGGAAGGGGAUUCCAAUCUUAUUUACUCGUCAACGGAUGCAACAGAGCCCGAGUGCGAUACCGUUACAGACGUUCUGGUCAUCGUUCGUGAAGAAGGGAAUCCUGUGUGGGUCCCAUGCCACGGAAGGCAAAAGACAAGAAGGCAGAUGGGUGGUACGCUGCAUCCCAGGGAGCCUGUCUUUGUCUGGGCACAAGAUGCAGAAAGCUUGAGUAUCAUGAACACAGUCAGCGGAAAGACCACGACAUCUAGCCUACCCAAGUUGUCCGAAAGGGAUGGUCCUUUGUUGCCGGAAGCUCAAAUUGCCGAGAAAGAGCAGAUGCCAGACCUUGGGACACGCUUCGGUUCACGCUUACUGACCGAAAUUCGCUUCUCUUCCGACGGCUCUUUGCUGUAUGCCCUAUCCAUCAACUUCGACGCUGCAAGCUCUCAUGUCACGAAAGCAACAGUCUCUCUUACCAGAUUCCGGUUUGAAGCCGGUGAGGACACCGGAACCGAAGAACCGAGACUUGAGCAGUCUGGGGAUGUGUUAACGACUGCGUACCACUUUCACAAGAGGGUGGAUGACUUGCCAGUACCCCUUGGUGUCACCUACUGGUGUUCUGAUGCCGUCUACAUCUGUCUUCCACUUCUGACCUGCAGCGUCAAGUUCAUCAGAAUGUCCUUGAACCCAUCGACAUCUGACAACUCGCAGCCACAACCCAAAAUUCAAACCCUCAACCACACGAUCCUUAUCCCCUCAUUAACGAGUCAGCGCCGACCCCGCCUCCUCUACCAAUCCAGUACCUCCAAAACCAAAACCGACGAUUCCCUCUGUCUCGUCCUCAAUCCAGAACCCAAGCUCGCAACCCCCACCCAAGCUGAAGACCGCCAUUACAGGCAAGACACAGGCUGCUCCGACCAAUGCGACCACGAAGACAUCACCACCUGUCACCAUAAGCAGGAAGAAUUCGGACGCGGCGGUGCUUCGGUUAUCAGAUGGAGCAUUCCCCGGGAAGGCGGCUGGAGAGACUGGGACCCAGAGAAGGACUCCAUGUCGGACGAGCUGCAGAGGAAUCCGUCGCUUUGCACGUUCAACGAACUGAGAGGGACGUUCAUUGAUGCGGAUAAGAUGUUUUCGGUGCCGAUUCGGGGGGCGUUGAAUUUCACGUGGAAGGGGUAUUUGUCUUGUGGUUGA